CCUCAGACCGAACCCUCCGCGAGGGUGCCGGCUGGUAAUGGGCACUACAGAGCAUUCCCGUACGAUGUCGGGAAGGUGUCCAGCUAAGAUCAGGGAUCAGUGCUGUGUGCUUAUGCGUAUUUUGAUCGCUAUGUCAUACGGAAAUGGUUUUUGAUCGUGGUCUAGAGGUAGGGGCUGGAUCAAGGCGUUACGCGUUUCCGUACUGAGGAUCAGCCUGGCUGGGAGCCCCUAAAUAGCCCAGUCGCUAACGGAGCCCUCUGGGAACCAGGCCGCACCCGGUUGUAAGCGUUGGCCUUACCCUGGGUACUGCGGAUCUCUGCCCGGGGUGGACGAACCCCUUUCUCCGCUACUCGUGGGACUUAUGAACGAUUCCAAAACAACAAACAAUAAAACACUACAAACAAAAACUACAAAUAAUGAGACCGACACUCUUAAAACGUCGGAAGAGCAGCCGCCUACAUACGAUGAGGUCCACGCAAUGCAGGUACCCUCUACCAGCCAUGGUGUGGCUAACACCAGUAGCGAACGUAAGAGUCUGGCGAUGCCGAAGCCCGGGGUAUCAAUGAAAUCGCAGGGGAAUAAGGCUGGGGAACCGAUGCGGGAUUUGUCUGACACAAGCGGAGACAAACCUGGCUUGCAGCUUGCAACUUUGGGAGGCGCCGAAGCUGAUAUGCAGACCGCUUCUCUUCCUACACCCACGGCUUUAACGAAGCCUGAAGAUAGGCCAUCUCCGAACGCAGUCUUCGCUAGGCAUAAAAGAGCUGCCAUGAAAAUUCUAAGGAGGUCCGCAUUGACGCCGGAUUUGUGUAGCAGGGCGCUGCCCUGUCACGUAGAAGAGAUCCGCGCCGAAAUCCAGUGGGCAAUGACAAUAGUGCCCGACUAUCAUCUGCCUGUGCACAGAAAGCCACAGACCGCCGGAAAGCGCAAAAAAUCAAUCGAGGUUGCACAGAACAUACCAAAGACAGUGAAAAAAAUGCAAGGUCCCUCAUUUACUGAAUUAGCAAAAACCAAAUUCCUCCUGGGUGUCUUGGACGAGAACCAGGGCGCGCAACUCAGGGAGCAUUGGAAAUGCGUAAAGGCGGAAAUGUCGGGUGUUGCCCUUAGCGUGUUUCGAGAUUAUCCCGGACCGGCUCCAGCAUGCGGGGAAGUUGGUUGGCUCCGAGGUAACAUCAAAAUCGUCGCGUGUGACGAUGAGAGAUCUGCGGAUCUGUACAAGAUAGCAAUUUCCAGAGUGGGUGAGGUCUACCCCAAAGCAGUGCUACGGGCUAUUGACUACAAGGACAUUCCGUCCAUGCCCAGGGCAACUGCGUGGAUACCGGCAAAACCGUCUGAGCCUGAGAGAGUGCUCGAGCUUAUAAGGAUAUGUAAUCCCGAAUUACCUGUUCACAACUGGAGGGUGCUGCGGCUUGAGCCCAGCACCAAAGUGACGCGUCGGUUGGUCCUGAUGCUCAACAAGGAGUCUCUGCCACUUCUGGCGGAGACAGGCGGUAUCAUUCAGUACGGUUUCGACACCGUCAAAAUUAGGGUGUAGCGACCAAGUAGCAUGGCGACAGAAGUUGAGCCGGAAGAAGCCAACAACGAGGAGGUGAUGAACGAGAAAUCCAACCAGGCCAAUCCGAUGAAUGACCUGGCUGGUGGAUGCGGCACAUCAAUAUCCUCGCUGGGGGUCGAUUUCACUUACAUAGAGCGCGUCCUGCAAAUCAACAUCCAUGACUACUCCAACUCUCAUCAAAAGCAGCAGCAGAUAUCGGCAGAGCACACACUGUUCAGUGCCGAAUACACCACUACUUUCAGCCUCGAGCGGAAUGAGCAAAAAACCAGGCUUGUAUAUGUACUUACCUGGCCAAACACAAAUCGGUUUCACCGCCAUCAGUCGCGCAGCCGCUGGAAUGGUUAUGACGGGCUUCGGUCUUGGAAGGUGCAGCGGUGACAUCAACGAACGAGAAUUCAAUGGGCAUCAUCCAAAAUUAGCGCAAGGAGGCAUCGGACCCUAUGCUGCAAAUCUUUUCUCUUAAAGCAAACAACAACAAAACGUAAGAUGAGU